AAGAAGAAGCAAAAGAAAAAGAAGAAGAAAAAAAAAAGAAAAGAAAACGAAAACAACGGAGGAAUCAUGGCGUCUGGCUACGCCUGGCUGCUCGUGUUGGCCUCAGUUUUUCUCUGUAAUCUCAUUAAAAUACUUCUGCCAACAAUAUCAUCUGUCCUGACAAAGAUGGUUCAAAAAGAUGCUGAACAAGAGAGUCAGAUGAGAGCUGAAAUCCAGGAGAUGAAGAAGGAGCAAUCAUCAAUUAGCAUGAUGGAUGAGUUUGCACGAUAUGCCAGACUGGAGCGCAAAAUAAACAAGAUGACUGACAGGCUGAAAACACACGUGAAGUCAAGAACAGCACAACAAGCGAAAACAAAAUGGGUUGUUAACAUCGCUUUUUAUAUAUUGCAAGCUGCUCUGAUGAUCUCCUUGAUAUGGAAAUAUUACUCUGAUCCAGUGACAGUGGUUCCCAGUAAAUGGAUCACACCUGUGGAGCGCCUUGUGGCCUUUCCAACAGGCGUGGCAGGUGGAGUUGGAAUCACCUGCUGGUUGGUGGUUUGCAACAAAGUUGUGACACUGGGUCUCCAUGCUGUCAGCUAGAGGGCAUUAAGUUCUGACAACAAAACCUCACCUCAAUGAUUUUUCUUAUUUAUUUAAACAUCUGUUCCGUUGUAACCUGUAGUUUGGAGAAAUGUGAUUUAUGUUCUUUCAACAUUUGCCAGCUGGUGACAUUAGUAUGUAAAAUUGCACGUUAAUUUUGACAAAAAGUAAGAGUGUGAUCAUUUAGCUUAGAAUAGUUGGAUCUUAUCUGCCAA